AUCACUCUGAAGAAAUUAUCGGAGAAAACUUUUCAUUCGUGUUGCUUUUGGGGUGCGACAUGCAACUCUGAUUCUUCUGUCAAAACUGUUUACGUCAGGACAAACCAAUCAAAAACCGAUAGGUGGAAAAGUUGUCGAAUCCAGAACCGUUCUUCACUGUUUCUCUUACAGUUAUUCGGUUCCCCGAACGAGUCGCCGAUGUACCCGAAUGCCUGCACAACGGAACCCAUGAAACAUAGGUCCACUUGUUCCAAGAGCGCUUUCUCCGCCAUGCAAAUGGAUCUGUCUAUCAUGAACCCGACGAUAGGGGUGCACGAAUUCCGCUGCCGUUUCCCGUCCUCGUUCCUUGCUUUGAUCACAAACUACCUUGGCUAUCUAUGCUUCAGCCCAGAAGACACAAAGAAAAUCCAGAAUGCACUGAUCAAGGAAUCCAAAGCUUUGCGAACCAGUGCAAAGUCAACCGGUCAACAAAGUCGUGUCAAUUCUAGUUUGGAUUUGCCAUUGACAACUCAGAUACGCACAGCAUCAAGCAAAGAUCAUUGUGCCGACAAAGAACUGGAACACUGGUAUACUGUGGUUCACACACUGGUACUUUACCUAUUGGAGGGCAAGCGUUACAAGCAACGCUUCAUUCUCCGAAGACCUGGAAAUCAAUCAAACAUGAACGAAUUGGAACGAAAACUGUUCCCGCCGCGCGUCAAUCCCUGGAGUUGUUCGAGCAAUCAAACAGACGAAGUAUUGCACAGACCUGCAAUGGCAACAGAAAUUGUGACAAUCCUGGAGGGCUAUGAGAUUAGUGUACUGGCCAGCGUUCUUGCUCGUGUAUUGCGUCACCACGGGAUUGGCCUUAUCCCACGCUACUUGCGCAACCUAUUCUUCCAACUUGUAAACAAUGCUAAAGCAAACGAGGUUUACCAGCGACGUGCAAUCCGCUUGCUUUUCCAGCUGGUUCCGACCCGGUUACUACUUAUGGUCAUUCGCCCGGUGUUCGAGCUCCUGGCCGGUAUUGCCAACGAGCCUACUUGUGAAGUAGACGAAUCUAGUUUGGCUGUCCUCUUCUCUCCCAUACUCUUCUCAGAUCAAUCCACAACGACUCCGGCUUCGUUGGCGAAUCCGGUUCCGGCUCGUGCGGUUGAGUUGCUCGUUCGGACAGCUCUUCGUGACUUGCAAUCCUACCACUCGUUGGACCGCACAUUUCAGGUCCCCGUACUUUUCCAGGAAGACUGUGUGCGAAACCUUACCCAACAUAUGAUACUCGAUAAUCCGCAAAUCUCGUGCAGUCUGGGGCAUUGUGUUUGCAAGAAUCAAAAAUUGUGGACAAAUCGAUCAACUCAGACAGAUUCGAAUAUGGAGUCGUGUGAUCAAGACUGCUUUUUGGAAGUUACGAGAAAGAUGGAUUUGUGA